CCACAAUAAUCAAUCAAACGCCUCAUCCCCACUCUUACUCAUCACUUCCUAGGACAGCCUUUUGCAGAAACUCUCUCUCUCUCUCUCUCUCUCUCUCUCUCUCUCUCUCUCUCUCUCUCACUUCAAUGCCCACCACCGGAAGAAAGCUUCUCCUUAACACUGUUUCAGUUAACAUAGGCUGCAGCUGCAGAAAACCUAAACUGUUCCACAUUUUCCAUCCAAAACCAAGACCGAAAACGCCUACACACCAAAGACACAACAAACACCAUUCCUCAGGCUCAUGGCACAAAGACAACAGUACCGCCGCCCACACAUUCUCUCCAUCCGUUCCAUAUUCUCAAUAUUCAGACGCCGAGAACGAGAUGAAGGGCUCGAGGACUGUCAGAGGCUUUGGUAGGAUAGACGGUGAGAGUGUUGCAGUGGAGAAAGAUUCCGACGACCCGUAUUUGGAUUUUCGGCAAUCGAUGCUCCAGAUGAUAUUAGAAAAUGAGAUAUACUCCAAGGACGAUCUCCGGGAGCUUCUCCAUUGUUUUCUGCAGCUGAAUUCUCCUUACCACCAUGGACUCAUUGUUAAAGCUUUCUCUGAGAUAUGGAACGGGGUGUUUUCUGUGAGGUCUAGCUCUCCCAAGCUGCAAUAUUUUGGGUACAAGUCACGUGAGUUCUAGGGUAUACACGUGUGGCCUGUGGCUCUGUGUCAACUUAGUCCUUUGUAUGAUGCAAGGUAGCUUAUAAUGUCGACGCCUCAUGUACCCUGUAUUUGCAGAAUGUGCAAAAAACAGGAUGCUUGGGAAGUCGAAUCAGAUAAAUGCAGAAAUUGGAGAAGCUCUUCUUUGUUAACCGCUACAAUUGUUGUUGGUGUUUAUGUGUAAUCUUCUUAAAUGGGUUCUGUUUGUUGAUGUUCUCAAUGAUACGAUGCAAUUUUUCUGGUC